ACGGAGCUGCGGAAGCAUGUUUUAUUAAUUUGUGCGCUGUGUGUUCUCCUUUACCGAAUCGAAAUUAAAAGUUUUCCAUUCAUCGAACGGUAAACAAAAAAAAAAGUUAUAAAAAAGUGGACGCUCCACGGCAUAUUGUUGUCAUUUACAAUGUACUUCAACGACCGUAAAGAUGUUGAUGUAUACCGUGCGUAUGGUAUUAAUUAUCGCCAUUUAUUGCGAUGGUGUCAAUUCAAUUAAUCAAACCGAAUUUAGUGUAAACGCACCCAGUGACACGACCGAUGAUUUUAUGCAAGAAAUGAUCGUACGCACGGUUUCUAUAUUGUGUAAGCUGCAACCGAAUCUCGUCCAUGUGUAUCAUGAUAGAGCUUUACGGACGACGAUUGCUGAGGACUUGAUACUUUCGCUUGGCAAUUGUACUUCACUUAUGCUUGUACGAUACGAAAAAACCGAAACAAACAUCCAACAAGUCGACGACGAUGGUGUGAAAAUAUUUCUCCUUAACAUCAUUUCACACACAGACGACUUGAACUUGUCGUUCAUCCGAAACAACUCCGGCGACAAGCACACAUCUCAUUUUAUCAUUUUAGUCGAAAAUUCGUUGAACUUGACCGAACCUUGGCUGGUAAAAGUAUUCCGAACCUUCUGGGAAUACAAUCUGCUGAAGGUGCUGGUAGUCUGUGCUCAGCAAAACGAAGUGAACAUUUUCACUUACACUCCUUUCGGAAAUGAUUUCAUCCUCAAACUACCCAGGAAUGCUGCCACGUACGAUGAACUAUUUUGGGACAAAACGCACGAUUUAAACGGACAUCCGUUCAGGGUGUCGUUGUUCCCCGAAAAUACUCGAGCCAUCUUCAACGAUAAUGGAAAAUUCAGCGGAACCGACGGUUAUCUAACCGAUGUUGUGAUCGAACAAAUGAAUGCAAAGUUGGUGCUGCAGCCGCCGACCGAUGGAUAUGACAUCGGUGAAUUUCUGAAGAACGGUUCGUCAACAGGAAGUUUGAAUCAGAUUAUCAGUCGAGCCGUGGACGUUUCGUUCAAUACGCGCUUUCUGAGACUGGCCCAAUUUCAAGGAAAAGUUCAAAUCACCUUCACGAAUGGUAGAGAUGAUGUAUGCAUUCUGGUGGCGAAGGCUGGUUAUGCAUCGAAUUUUAACAAUAUUUUCCGUGCAUUCUCAUCGAUCGUUUGGUUGUUUACUCUCAUCUCGUUGCUAAGUGCUUCGAUUAGCUUCUUCGGCAUCUAUCGACUGGGAACGAAACAGCCGACCAUGGAAAAUAUUUUCUUCAACUUUUAUUCGUGGCAUUUGGCGCAACCCAUCAACAAACUGCCCGAACGAUGGUCGUCCAAGCUGUUGAUUGCGUUCUGGAUAAUUUAUUGUUUGCUCAUCAAUAGUUCGUACGAGGGAAAUCUUACCAGCAAUUUGGUGCUGCGACCCACUCUACCUGAAAUCAAUACCAUUCGUCAGUUGGAGCAAAGCUCCUUCGAAAUCAUAACGUUCGGACGGUAUGUGGAUUUACUGCAAAAUUUCUUGAAUCAAACCGGAACGUACAAUAAGCUAAAGAAACGGAUUCGCGGUGUAUCAGCAACCGAUUUGGCCAAACACAUUCAGCAAAACGAUGUCCGUUAUGCGUAUGCCAAUAAGUAUCACAUUAACCAGUACGUUGUGCAGAGUAAGGCUCAUGCAAUAAAUGGAAGGCCUGUUUUCAAUCACAUGACGGAAUGUCCGGUUCCUUAUCUAGUUGCCUAUGCAGUUGGCUAUGGUAGUCCGUACCUCUAUCGUAUCAACACGAUCUUACGACGGACUCAAGAGAACGGUUUCAUUCCAUACUGGGACCAGAAAAAUGCUCAAACCAGUGCGAAAGCAUCAGGAGCAGCAGACGGUGGACCAGUGUCUCUGACAGUGGAUCAUGUCCUUUCGUCGUUUUACAUAUUAGCCUUGGGACUUGUUAUUGCGGCGAUUAGUUUCAUUGUUGAAUUGAUCGAGGCUAAAGUUAAGAGCACCAAUUGGUACAAUAAAUCUAGUAAGAAAUAGU